CACCCCCAGACACAAUCCAACAGACCAGAAAGGGAGGAUAAAUUCCCCUGCUAUCCCUCAGUCACUUUUAACUUGGACACAGGAAAAAAAGAGAUAAAUCAGAAGGAAAUGCACCUGUGAAUGAGUCAGUUCAUUAGCUGAUUCCACCAUUCUGGAUUGCUGUGACUAGUUCAGGAACAACUGCAUGACUUACAUCUAGGAAAGAGAUGGUGGGUCUGGCUGUCUCCUCAGCAGCUGUUUCUGCGAUGGAGCUCUUGGUGACGGAGUUGAAUGUGCUUUUGAAGCUGUUGGACCAUGAGACCCUGAGUUGUGCUACAGAAGAGAAGAAAACAGCCGUGAAGAACCUUCUCAAACAACUACAGCCCUCAGUCACUGGAAAAGGCUAUACAUACAUGAACACCUCAGUAUACAGAAAUGGAACCAGCUUUGUCGAAUCCCUUUUUGAUACAUUCGAUUGUGACCUCGGGGAGCUGAAAGUUGAAAUUGAGGAUCAGAAGAAAGAGCCAGAGACAAAACACACUAAUAACACCGUCCCCAAACCAAGCACAGCGGACUCGCCUCCCCCCCUGCCCAACACACCACCUCCAGAGGAUUACUAUGAAGAGGCCGUGCCACUCAGCCCUGGAAAGAUGCCAGAAUAUAUCACCAGCCGCAGCAGCUCCAGUCCUCCUAAUUCCAUUGAAGACGGAUAUUACGAAGAAGCUGAAAACAACUACCCAAUAACGCAAGUGAAUGGACCACGCAAAAACUCCUAUAAUGACUCGGAUGCCUUAAGCAGUUCUUAUGAGUCAUAUGAUGAGGAAGAGGAAGAUAAAGGCCAGCGUUUGACGCACCAGUGGCCCUCAGAGGAGAACUCCAUGGCCCCGGUGAGAGACUGCCAUAUCUGUGCAUUCCUGCUAAGGAAGAAACGCUUCGGCCAGUGGGCCAAACAACUCACUGUGAUCCGCGAGAACAGACUCCAGUGCUAUAAAAGCUCUAAAGACCAGUCCCCCUACACAGACAUACCACUCAGCCUGUGCACCGUCAUCUAUGUGCCAAAAGAUGGCCGGAGGAAGAAGCACGAGCUCCGAUUCUCUCUUCCCGGGGGGGAGGCACUGGUCUUAGCCGUGCAAAGCAAGGAGCAAGCCGAGAAAUGGCUUCAAGUGGUGCGUGACAUUACAGGUCAGGGGAAUGGAUUGGACAGCCCAUCAUCUCCCAUGAUUCCUAGGAAGACUGAACUGGAUAAGUGCUGUUCUUCAGAGAAGCAAACCUCCGAUUCUGACAGUAUGCCAAGUGUUGAAAGUGCUCGCGAUGGACGGGAAAAUGGUAAACCCAAGCGAGGAGCACUGUCAGAGCUAACAGGCACCGUAAGCCGAGCCGCAGGAAGAAAGAUCACAAGAAUUAUCAGUUUCUCCAAAAAAAAGCCUCCACUGCCAGGAGACACCCGCACAUCACUCGAUCAGGAUCCUCGGUGUGGUUAUGUAGGGGUGCUGUUGAAUCAGAGCUGGAAGGAAAACUGGUGUCGUGUGCGGGCUGGAUCUCUUUACCUUUACCAUGAGAAAGGAGAACAGCGGGUCCCCCACACUUCUGUUGCUCUGAAGGGAUGCGAGGUCGUCCCAGGCCUCGGGCCCAAACACCCCUUCGCCCUGAGGAUACUGAAAGGAGGUGCAGAGCUGGCAGCUUUAGAGGCGAGUUCCUCGGGGGACAUGGGCCGCUGGCUGGGAGUCCUGUUGGCAGAAACCGGUUCCUCUGCUGACCCGGAGUCCCUACAUUAUGACUAUGUAGAUGUGGAAACUAUUGCCAACAUCCGUACAGCUGCCCGUCACUCUUUCCUAUGGGCAACCUCCACAGAUUCGAGAAUGUAUGAUGAGGUCCCUUUCGAAGCCAUAGAGCAGGAAAAUGAGAGGUUGAGGGGAGGAGCACAAACGAAACAUCGUUCAUCUUUCUCCAGCAGUGGCACAGGAAAGCCCUCUCCACAAAUCACCCUAAAGCGCCACGGCUCCAACGCAAAUCAAUACGGGAGGUAUGGGAAAACACGGGCACAGGAGGAUGCACGCAGGUACUUGAAAGAAAAAGAAGACCUGGAGAAAGAAAUCGACAGUAUCAGAAGCGCACUAGUCUCACUGCGCAAAAAGAAACGAGAGGCCAAAGAGAAGAUGAAGGGUGCAACGGAUAAGCAGAAGUUGGCUUUAGAGGAGCGUGUAGCCCAGCUGGAGGACAGCUGUCGGGUGAAAGAAGGAGAGCGUGUGGACCUAGAGCUCAAGCUUACACAGGUGAAGGAAAACCUGAAGAAAUCUUUGGCUGGUGGAGAUCUGGGGGCACCUACAGAGACCAAACCUACGAACAAGACUCAAAGGAUGGAGACUCAAUAUAUUGAGUCGUUUCUCCCAGUCAACUGCGCCUCGGAAAUUCGUAAGCGGCCCCCCUCCAUCUAUGCAUCCACUAAGGGAAAUGUUAUGCAGAAAGCUAAGGAAUGGGAAUCCAAGAAAGGGACUUAAACUGCUGAUUAGGAAGACCCACAAUCUUUGUGCCAUGUCCAGGAUAACAUGGGGACUUUUCUACCAACUUCCCCCAAGACGGACUGCUGUACAUGCAAAUCUUUUGACUGCGACGGCUGCCAAUUUUGCAACUUUAUAAUGGGGUUAGAAUGACAAAGCAGCAGCUCUAUUAUAAUACUUGGCAGUCAAACGAUGAUGUCCUUUAUCUUGUGAAGUUCUACUUUACUGGCACAAAAUAUUGAAGGAUUGAGGUGGUAUGAGGAAUAAUAGUUUGUCCAAUGAAAGUGCAAGAAAGGGCUGUGGGUAGGUUAUAAAGAAAGAUGGCAAUGCAUGUUUUAGACAAUCCAUUUUAAAAUGGUAUUUUAAGAGAGGCAUGGUGAUUAAGUAUUUUUUAUUAUUCCAUUGCUUAUACAGUACCUAUGGGGUAACUCCUGCUAUUAACCAAGUGGUGCUAAUAAUGGUGUACAUAUGCAAUUGUAAAUAAUUAUAAAAAACAUUUCUAAAACUAGCCUCAAUGUGUUUAACUGAUACUUCUGUUUGUAACCUUUUCUUUGUCACCUUUAAAUGUGAGUAACAUUUGCACUUUAAAAUGUCUUUAGACGUGGAGAAGGGAAUAUUCUUUUAAUAAAGAAAAAAAAAAACACUUAUUCUG